CGACUGCAACACUUCUCGACACAGCAGCACAUCCAACUACUACUAACAGCAAGAUGGCACCAUCAACCUCACUCAACGCCGAAUGGGCUGGAUGGGUACAGGAAGCAGCAGACCACGCCGCAAACAACGGAUCCCGCUCAUGCGACACCUACAGACGAGCAGCACGAGCCAUCAGACUACACAACCAACCACUCCACCAUCCAAAACAAGCACUCGCACUCAACGGCGUCGGAGAGGGCAUCGUCAGGCUCAUCACCGCCCGAUUGCAGGAGAAGUGCGAUGCGACGGGGGACCCAUUCCCAACAGAACCUGAAUCACUCAAGGGCAAGAGAAAGAAAGAUACCACCAAUCCAACCCGACCUAGGAAACGCGCCAAGGAGAUCCUAACAGCCGAGGAGAGAGCCCUGGAUCCGUCCAGCUCUGAAGAGGAAGAAGAACAAGAACAACGACCAUCAAAUAAUCGAACGGGCUCAUCAGCUGGCCAAAAGAAGAAGGGCAAGCCACGCCAGCCUCGUCGAAGACGGAAGAUUGAAGUACUGACCCCCGAAGAACGCGCACUCGACCCUUCCUCAUCCGACCCCGAGCCAUCCCUCCCUCCCAAAACUACUCGUCAAGCCAGCCCGGCUCAGCCGAAAACUAGGACGAAUCAGAAGAAAUAUAUCCCAAAGAGACGCACCGGGUGCUGGGGUAUCCUCGUCGGCUUAUCCAUCCUCACCACCGAACGCGCCGGCUCAUUCACCAAACAGGAGAUCAUCGAACAUGCCCAAAAGUACUGUGAUUCUAGCUACACCGAACGCGGUAGUAGGGGUGGAGGGGCUGGAAAUAGUGGACAUUAUACCGCUUGGAACAUGAAGAAACUUCUUGCCGAAGGACUCUCACUCUCCACCCCUGGCAGACAGGCAAAAUUCACUCUGACUCAGCAAGGCUUCGAGCUGGCCUCGAUCCUUGCCGAGAAAGAAGAUCUAACUCUAGUCCCAUUCGAUAAAUCAAAACUACCUGAUGGGAACAGUAUGAGCCUACUCGAGACACAUGUCGAUUCUGCACGAGAUCCCUUACCCGCAGCCAGUUCUUCAAAGGCUCCUGUGACGUCCACAAGCAAUGCAUCCAACCUCAACCCUUGUGGCCCCAAUCCCUCUUCUUCUUCUGAUACCAUCCACUCAGCAAGUCACCAGCGAGCAAAUACCACAGCCCAGAAAUCAAACAACCCUCAAAGAAAAAACAGCCUGCCAACGAUUCCCGAUGACCCAGAGAUUGCUUGUCUGAAUACAAAUUCAAGUCAACAGUCCAGUCGGGUGUCCCACAAUCGUGGUCCAUUUGAAUUUUGGUAUCUUGAUCGAGCGGGCUUGCGAGUCAGGAACAUGGAUGACGCGGAUAGCCGAAUGCAUCCGCGGACGUUCGAGACGUUAUACCAAGUCGAAUUUGCGGCAAGUCAGAGCUCCCAUCCCGUCAAGAGGAGCUCAAUUGUCGACGAAGCUGCUCUACGUCCAUCACCGAUGAACAGCUCGGAGGGCCACAUGAUGGGUUGGAUGUACGAGAGCAAGGCGAUCCCCAGCUGUCCAGGCUUUGGACUAUCCACUCACUCGCCAACCUUGUCCACCAGCACAACCAUCCCGCCCCCCACUCUGUCUUCAAGCUACAACAAGAACAAUUCCGCCCCUCAUGUCCCAUCAGCCAGCCAACGGCGCAGAUCCUCUCCCAGCCCUGAUCCCCCGGUGAACAUUAUCCACGAUGAUUCUUAUUGCGGAUUAUCAGCACAGACGACAAUCAGCGCAGGAUAUCAGAACAGGAUCUCGCCCCUAGAUCGUCUCUUCAAGCCAAGUUCAUCGGGCUCAGCCACGCCUGCAGGCUCAGUGGUGUCGAUCCCCUCGGAAGCCGAUCCGGCCGCACCGAAGGACUUGGCACCGUCCGCACGGCUCAAGCCACCUAGUCGGCCCGGGUCCUGCGAGAUCCUCUGGAGUGGUGCCGCACUCUCGGAAACCGUCGCUGGCUGGAGCGCAUCUGAAAGUCCCGACAGUCUGCCUGUCUCCGGAGCCGUCAACAGUUUGGCCAGCUCUCGUACCGUUGUCGAUCUCAGUCGCGAGGCUAGCAACCUUUCCCAUCAGAGCUCUUCUCUCGACCGAUCAUCCAGCAGUUGUCCUCUCCGUAACCUCAAGCGCACUACCAGUGCACUCUCUGAGAGUCGGUCCUCCAGCGACGGCUUGCCGAGCAACCGGACCCGCGUCAAUCUCAAGCGGACCCCGAGUGGGCUCUCGGAGAGUCUCUUGAGUCGAGCCUCUGACGACGUCCAGCCGGAAGUGUGGAAGGCGGGCAGCUACGACAUCUGUCUCGUCCUUGACCAUCGCGAGGUCCGCGCCAUCAACGACCGCGACGCUUUCUAUAACUUGUGCGUCGAGAAAGUAAGCGCUCUCGCCAGCCCCGGCCAGCCCACUAUCCGCGUCCUUCAACGCGCACUCGUCCUCGGUGACGCCAUCUGGAUCGCCGUCCAUCGUGACAGCCAGCGCGAAGUCGUCCUCGACUCGAUCGUCGAGCGCAAACGACUCGACGACCUGUGUGCUAGCAUCAAGGACAACCGGUUUGAGGAACAAAAGGCCCGAUUGAAGCGUUCUGGCCUCCGAGACCCUAUCUACCUCGUCGAGGCUUAUAAUACUCAGUCUAACCUCGACAGCUAUGGCCAGAUGAUCUAUACCUCCAAGUUCGAGACCAUGCUUCUCAACGACUUCCAGCUCGAGGCCACGCCCGAUUGGAAAGCCUCCGUCGAGUUCUUGGUUCGACGCUCCGAGGUCUUGCGCGACCUUCAUCAGACGAUCGAUUUGUCGAUCAUCCCGGACGCUACGAUUGACCGGACGACGUAUCUUUUCCAUCUAGCCGAUCUCCGGACGAAGGAUGCAGAGAAUUCCGCUCGGUAUUGGGUGACGACGUACGGAGCGUUCGAGGUUCUGAACCACAAGACGGCGACGUUGACGGUGCGGGAGCUAUGGGCGCGGAUGGCACACUGUUUGCCGGGGAUGAGCGCGUCGAAAGUGGCGAGCUUCGUCGACCAUUGGCCCACGCCUGUCUCCUUCUGGGCCGAUCUCCUCGCCCACACUUCCGCCCCCCUUUCCGAUCAGACAAAGGCCGAUAAAUAUCCCUGGUCCUGGAUCGAUCGUCAUCCUAAUGAACCCCUUCCUUCUGCUCUCUCUCAUCCGGAUCACCCCGUCGAGAUGAGUAUCGCCAGUAUCAGCUCGACUCAGACUAGUUGUAGCGCCUAUCCCGCCAAUUGCGCUAACUCUCGCAUCGGGCCUGCGUUAUCCAAACGGCUCUGGGAGCUCUAUACCUUAUCUGAUUACGCUUCUGUCGAGCCUUCUCUCUAACCUCAUCAUCAUCAUCCUCAUCUUCCUAAUCCUAUUACCAUCAUCCUGGCUUCGUUGGUUCGCUUUUGAUUUGUAUCAUCUGCUCGUUUUAUCUUCCCCUCCCCCGUUCCCCUUUUUUCUUUUUCUUUGGAGGAUCAGUAAUGUUUUGGGGUAGAUGAUUAUGAUUUUCAAUUUAUUAAGACUUGAUUUAGUUAUUGUAUUUUUUUGUUGUGUUAUUUUUUUUUUUGGGGGGGGGGGUGUUGACUCAUGUAUAUUUAGUUAUAGCUCGUGUUUUCUUUUACUUUCCACUAAUUUGAUUUGUAAACCAAUAAUCAUUACCAAGACAUACUAGAUCACUUAAUGCAUCCAGGAUACGUAACAAAGUAUCCUUGUUCUGUGGUUGUUUGUAUGGAUGGA